UCCCACGUGUCGCCAAAAACCUCGCCGGCCAUCACCGUCAGUGUCGCCGACUCGCCGCGGACACCUAAAACCUUCCCCACCACCACCGCCACCACCGAAAGGUCAAGCCCCGCGCUCCAACACGUCGCCACCAAACUCACCAAAUGCCCCAUAAAUCUCCACUUCGCAUGGCCUCUCUCUCCUCCUCGCUCCGCUCGUUCUCCCCAGGACGCCACCUCCUCCUCUCGCGCGCGUCGCCGCUCUCGUCCCGAUCGCCGCCGAAACGGCUCGCCUUCUCCAUCGAUUUCGGAGGCCUCUCUCUGAUCGGCACUCGCUCGAGGAACGUCGGCUCCAGGGCGAAAUCGUCGAUGGCCGGAACCGCGACCGAGAGCGGUGAGAAGAAGGUGGAGGUGUUCGACACCGAGGAGGAUCUCGCUGUUUCUCUGGCGAAGUACACCGCUGAUUUGUCUGCUAAGUUCGUCGAGAAAAGAGGAGCGUUCAGCGUCGUCUUGUCCGGAGGUUCGUUGAUCAAGUCACUCAGGAAACUAGUUGAAGCGCCGUACAUUGAUUCGGUGGACUGGUCGAAAUGGCACGUUCUCUGGGUGGAUGAGAGAGUUGUGCCCAAGGAUCACGAUGAUAGUAACUACAAGCUCGCUUACAAUGGCUUUCUAUCACAGGUGCCGGUACUUCCUGGCAAUGUCUAUGCAAUUAACGACGCUUUGUCGGCAGAGGGUGCAGCGGAUGAUUAUGAGACAUGUAUUAAGCAUUUAGUGAAGAGCAACAUAGUAGCGUCAUCAGAAAGUGGGUUCCCAAAGUUCGAUCUCAUGCUUCUGGGAAUGGGUCCCGAUGGACAUGUUGCCUCUCUUUUCCCUGGUCAUCCUCUUGUCCACGAAAACAAGAAAUGGGUCGCCUUCAUUAAGGAAUCGCCGAAACCACCUCCAGAGAGAAUUACUUUUACCUUCCCUGUGAUCAACGCAUCUGCACACAUUGCGCUAGUAGUUGCUGGAGCUGGAAAAGCUGGUGCAGUGCAUGCUGCAUUGGGUAAAAGUAAUUCUCCUGGGCAAUUACCUGUUGAAAUGGUUUCGCCUGAGGGCGAGCUGACUUGGUUCUUGGACAAGGGUGCUGCUUCAAAGCUGUAGUAGCAAGGCUAUGCUAUAUUUGUGCGGUGUUUCUUCCUUUAUAAUCAAGUCAUCGAGAUCUUACUGGUUCUGUACCUUUACAUGUACAGGAUCUGGGAGAUGUCGAUGCCAUUGCCCAAUCAUCAAGGACAGUUCUUGCAAUCUGUGCGUCACAGGAUCACAGCAUCAACGAAAUAAAACAGAGUGAACUCGAUACAUGCAUCUUCCUUUGUAACUUGCCUCACGUACUUUUGAUUUAUGUAACAUGGUUUUGGGUUUUGUUA